AUGGGUUCUGAAAGUUCCAAAGAAGAUCAAACACAUUGUGAAAACGGUGAGACGUCCAAAACCAGUCGAUUAGCGAUUCCAUAUCCGGAGUUUACUUAUGAUGAAAAACACGAUAGGCGCGUCAACUGUAUAUGCCUUAGUCCCAACAGGGAUUUUCUUUUAUCCGGAGGUGAGGAUGGCUCAGUCCGUAUAUGGGAACUUACCACGAGGAAAUGUGUCGACGUCCUCAAAGGGCACCAGAGUUAUAUUACGUGUAUAUUACCUCUUGAGGAAUAUGUGGUAACAGGGAGCGGAGACAAAACAGUUAUGAAAUGGAAUUUCAAUACAGCACAACACUUGCUGACAUUUGAGGGCCAUAGCUGUAUGAUAAAAAACAUUGAGGUAUAUGAGAACAUGUUGUUUUCAUCUUCCUUCGAUAAAACGGCAAAGAUAUAUAACUUUUCAACGAGUGAAUGUCUAUAUACACUUACAGGACAUACGAAACUUAUCAACUCAAUGUUUUUAAUAGCAGAAGAAGAGAAAUUGCUAACAGGUUCUGGUGACGGGUCCGUUCGUGCUUGGAACUGGGCUACUGGGGAAACAAGUUUGGUGUUCACCGCAAAUCCUUCUCCGAUUCUAUGUGUUAAAAUUGAUUUGGAUAAACGUCUUCUGUAUACAGGAGGAGACGAUGCGACAGUUCGCCAAUGGGAUCUGGACACGGCUGCGCAUAAAGCACGCUUAUUUGGUCACAGAAGUGCUGUUCUAUGUCUUUUAAUUUUGAACAAAUUGGUAUAUCAAACUGCAUCAUUAAAUACGGAGGAUGCUUGUAGCUAA